CUCACACGCCAGUCGCAAACACACGGCGCCGAGACGACCACCUCUUCGCUGCCCUCAGACCUCAGACCACGACGGUUCUACAUGGAUUCCCAAAAUUUUCUUCGUGGGACUGGUUUCUGAGUGACUCGACUGGAAGAGCAAUGGAAGUCACUAACGGCGAUGCCAAUGAGUGAUGACAAGGCCUGGAAGAAGACUGAUGACAUCCCCAGGAGGUUUGAUGAGCUCCCCUCAGAGCCAGAAUGGGUUCCUGUGGCCGAUGUCAUCCGUACACAGAGGGAGGAGGAGGCCCGGCAGGAAGCACAGAAAAUAAAGAUCAGGCCUCCAUUGGAUUCUGAUUCUGACACUGACACUUCAAAUAAAAAAGCUGUGAAGGAGAAGAAGCCACCAAUGCACAAGAAGAAUGAGAAUGUGAGGAGGCACGAAUCGCCCCCAAAAAUCAGAGAUGUGUCAAUGCCUCUAACGGUAGAUGACGUGACUCGGUCUAUGGUUGACUGGGCUCUGAACACUGACUACUACCCCAAGAAACCCUCCAAACACCCCUCACAUUACAGAGAACAGGAUAAACCUCACCAAAAGCAUCAAAGGCCACCUCACUUUGGGUUGGAUAAAGGCCACAAAUUGGAGACACACAACAGUAGUCACCAAAGCAGACCCUCCACACAUGACAGCUACCACACUCAACCAGAUGUGCUCACUCCCAAGAGGAUGCAAGGAUACACAGCCGGAGCCUCUCACACAAGACCUCAGCAGUCCACAAGCAGCCAUAAGGAGAGGCAACCCGUAUAUGAGGAACCAAGCCCAGAUUAUUCUGAUGAAGAUUACGAUGCAUACAACUCCAGAUUCCAGGAUGCAAAUCAGGAUGACUACUAUUACCAGGAGCAAGGCUAUGAGGCUGCAUCGGAUCCUUAUCUCUAUGGCGCGGGUCCUCAUCACGACAACCCUCCAUACAACUCUGAAUAUGUAUACAAUAAUGGUCCCGGAGACUUUGGGUACGAGUAUGACGUGCCUCAGUACCCGCAUGAAGACCAGAGAGGCUACCCGUCAGCCCCUACCCAUUACAGCCAGAUGCCUGAUGAGGUCCCCCGGGGCAAGUCUCGGUCUAACUAUGACGUGCUGUACUGACAAGGUUCUGUCUGACCAAAGUGCUCUUGGGUGUUAGAACACUCAGAGUGUGGCUUCCCUUAUGCUAAUUUACCCAUGAAUACUUUACAUCCUCAAUAUUUCUUUACUUUCAAACUGUAGUCCUGCUAGAAUGCAUGGACAGAGCUUAUUAAUAUACACUAUUAGUUAUUAUUACAUAUGUAUUACUAUUAAUAUUAUGAUUACUACUACUACCACUACUACUGAUGUUAAUAAUAAUAAUAAUAAUAAUAAUAAUAAUAAUAAUAAUAAUAAUAAUAAUAAUAAUAAUAAUACAUGUAGUACCAAACACAAAAAUAAUAAAAUAAUAUUAUUGUUAUCAUUAUUAUGGUUUGAAGGUAGGUGCAAGGAGACACAGGUGAGGUGGCACGGUUAUCCUCACUUAGUUCAGUGUUGUGCCUCUUCAAGGGAUGGGAGAAGUACAACACUGAAACUACAGGAGCAAACUCUACCCCUCACACCUGUGUUUUCUUUCCCUUCUAACUUGUCAUUAUGUGGUAACAGUAGUAGUAGUAGUAGUAGUGGUAGCAGUAGUGGUAGUAGUAAGAGGAGGACGAGAAGGAGUAAGAAUGGUAGUAGUAGUAUAUUCACUUUUACUGUUGUUGUUACUAUUAUAUAAAAAGGAUUUAAAAUCAAGCUCCAUGAAUAUUUAAACCAAGCACCCAAAAUCACACUGACAAAAAUGUAUUUUAACAAAAUAUUGCAAACCUUACUCUACAUGACUGUGAAUUACCAGAGUUUACAGGUCCAUUAUGAAAGUUUCAAAUCUGUUCAUCUGUGGCGAUCAAGUAAUCAAACUAAUUAUGCUCAUAAUGUGUAAGAAAAUGCUGAAGAAGGAAACUUUUCCCCCUCUGCUCUUCUUGCCCAGGAAUGUCCUGAAGCCUUGGAGCUGUGGCCCGGCUCACCCCCGGAUGACAGUUAUCUGAGUGUGCAAACUAGUAGCCCAUUUAUAUGAACCAAACUGUGGUGUUGACGUAAGCAAGAAAAAUAAUGUCAUUCAGAUGAUCUUCCCAUGUCCUCACUUUCCAUUUCCCUAUUGUCUCAUUAACACCAGAGAGUACUUCAGCAUGCUCUCUAAAGACAAACUCACUUACUUUCCACACCAAACUGUCUACACGCAACACACCAUUUCCUCAGAAUUUAUUUAAAUCCUUUAUGGGGAUUAAGCAUUGCCUCAGAGUUCCCAUUUGGGGGGAGACCAGAAAUGUCCUCAAAUUAAAAUCCAGUUUUGGUAACAAACCAUAGAUAUGUCUCACCUAAACUAUGUAAAAUUCUUUGACUAUUUACAUUCUAAAGUGGAGCACAUGUUGUCUCACUCUCCCUUCACUGAAAUCUUCAUCUUGGGAGAUUUCAAUGUUCACCACCCCUCUGUGUGCCUAAUGCAUUACAGAGGUGAUUGUCUCCAGAAUGGAGCCACACAUUCCACACUCAUGCUAAAAAGCCCUGGUUCAAUCAUGACUGUUCAUGUGACAUUAAAGAUAGGGAGGCAGCUCACAUGAGGCACUUGAGCCUUCUAACUGCUAAUCAUGGUCUUUAUGUUUCUGCCCAGAAUCGUGCCAGAUCUGUUCUUCAAAUCACCAAAAACUCUUUCAUCAACAGAAAAUGCCCAAACCUUGCUUUCUUUAAUUCUUCCAGAGCCUUCUGGCAUCUAGCCAAAAAUAUCUCCCACAAUUUUACUUCAUCCUUCCCACAUUUCUUUUGUCCUGAUGAAAACACUGCUGUGACAUCUGUCCUUAAUUAAGGGGAGGCAACGCAAGUUACUUAGGAGGUGACAUUCAUUCUUUUCAGUUAAUCAUGAAUUUUGAUAUGUAAACAUCUUUGUAACUUAAGGUUAAGAUCCCCAAGCUUCAUUGAGAUACGAUUAGUAUUUAGUGAGAAUAAAAAUAUAAUACACGCCGAAAAUGCCAAGAAAUGACAUUAUAUUCUUUACAAAAUCUGAACUAUUUUUCAACUGACUCUUUUAAAAUUAAGUUGACAGAUACAUAUAGCUUUUUUUUCAUUGUGGCAGACUUUCUUUAGUUAUUGCAUUUCAUAUGCGAAAAAUAAGAUAAGAAAGUUUGGUGACAAUUUUUUCUUUCAUUUUUUGUUAGAAAAAAGAUCUGCUGGGAUCUGGUUUUAUCUUUUUAACCCUUAGAGUACGGGUGGCGAUAUAUUUCUCUGGAUGGUGUGCACGGGGAAAAUUUAGACAUUUAAAAGAGGUGGAAAUGGUGUCUUUCUUCUUUGCAAUAAUUGUAUAUUUAUCUAGUAUAUAUGGUGAUGUAAUAAAACUCCUCUACUACUAAUAAUAAAGAAGUUAUGACAGCCAAAAUUAUAGCGCAUUUUGUCGUGGCCGUGACGUGUCGCGUGGAAGCACCUCUCUCUCUCUCUCUCUCUCUCUCUCUCUCUCUCUCUCUCUCUCUACUUGCUCCUCCCUCCUCUGUCAAUGUCACUACCAUAGCAGUCAUCAGAGUCACUGUCACUUUGAUUCACCCGCGAUCUACUUCUGCCUGGAGCAGAGGAACUGCUUGACGUGUCACGAGACAUGACAGAUGUAUUCCGAACAAAAGUGGAAAAUGAUCUGUGGCCUUCGGUAGGGCACGCGCUGAGAUGAAUGAGAGUGUGUACGGAUGCCAGAUGCCUCCACCAUUCUUCUGAGUCAAGAACUGGCGGUACAUUUGAAACGUAGGGAGCGUAGAGUGUGAUGAUUAUAUAUAUGAUCCCCGUACGGGUGGGGCGUGUGGUAGCGCACUUAUAUAUACAAUCGCCGUAAUCUAAGGGUUAAAAAUGUCUCAUGAUGAAAAGUUUUCCCUCUUUUUCAUCUUUCCAAUGAUACCUUUAUAUCUACAGACACUUCAAAAACAACAGAGAUAUUGCACACCAAAAGUCAAUAACUUUGUUUUUGAGAUAUAAGCAGUUUUAUGUUGAAGAAUGUCUAUCAUGAUGUUUUCAGGCUUAAGCAGUGUAAUAUUUUACACAUUUUCAGGUAAGAAUAACAAAUGAAGGUAAACCAGUGUGUAUUAUAAAUAAUAUUCAGGCAUAUUUAGCACCUGGUCCCCUCUUAUGGGGUGUUGAGGAAGCAGCAUCUAUUGGUUGUUCAAGUGGGUGGUGGGUCUCUUUGUACUCUUGUUUAUCAUCUCCAUUCUUUCUCUCUGCCUUCUUUAACUUCAGUUGACAACCAAAGACUCUUCUCAGGAACAGGAAAAAAGUAAAACAAAAGAAAAAGGUGUUCAGCAUUUGAACAAAGCGUCAACGUUCCCUCCUCUUAAAGCGUCUGAGAAGACACUGAGUGUGUCACUGCCGCGCCUCAUUCACCACUCAAGAGCUGCUUGAUAUUGACAUGUGGUGGUCCAUUUUAUAAAAUACUAAAAGAAUAUAAAAAAUGUAAAAUAAUGCUUCAAAAUCCUUCAGUCAUGAGCAACAACAAAAAUGUUGUGUGGCGUGUCUUCGUACAUGCCUCGGCUAGCUUGUGGCAAAAUAUUAUGAAGAAAUAAGCAAAAAUGACAGAGUUAUGGCUGAAUUCACCCCCCUCUUCCGCUCGUCGCUAACGUCACUAUAAAACACUUGCCUUUCAAACUGACUCUUGGUCAUCCUCUCUUACCAUUUUGGUGAAACUUUUGUUUGCCUUAGACAUCAUGAAAGCUUUUGACAGAGUCUGGCAAAAAUCUUUGCAUUCUAAACUACAGAUUCUAUCCCUUUCUCUGUACUUUUGACUCCAGUUUACCUUGUGGUUGAUAUAUCUCUGCUAUGGUAGACAGUCAGUUCUUUUAAACCUAUCAACAGUGGUGUCUCCCAGGGCUCUGUAACAUCUCCCACUGUCUAUUUUUCAUGAACGAUCUUCUUUUCAAAACAAUCUGUUAUAUCCACUCCUAUACUGAUGACAAUUCUGCAUUACUCAACAUUUUUAACAGAAGAUCCUCUCAGUAGAAGUACAGGACUCAAGGCUUGAUGCUACAGAAUGCUUGAAUUCUGACUUUGAUAUAAUUUCCGAAUGGGGCAGAAGGAACUUGGUGUCCUUCAAUGCCUCAAAAACUCAAUUUCUC